CUUGUUUGACAAUCAGGAAGUGAUUGCCUGCCAUGGAUCCGUUGCCCUCACAUAAGUUCUUGUAAUUUUGUUUAAGCGAUUGGGUUAUUUUCUGUUUGUAGAGUAACGUAUGCUACUGUAGUUGUGUUUAAUUUUGUUCGUUUAGUGUGUUUUCGAGUUAUGAUUUGUUCUAGAGGAUCGAUUGAAGCUAGUGGCUGACAGAAACCAGGAAUGGAGUUCUCAGUACAUGAUAAAACUAUUGAAGCAGCUGAAGUUCUGCUGCACAUGGAUUCACCUGCCAGCUUGCAGGGGGAUCGCAGUACAGAGGAGCUUUUAUCUGAGAUGGAGGUGGAAGUGAGAUCUGAGGACAUGGGGCCCGUUGACAAGGACAUUGUUGUACUGCAGGAGACGGAAUUACUGAAAAAGAAGAAGAGAGCAGGACGGAAACCCAGAACUCCACGAAAUUGCUCUGAUGGUUCACUGGAUCUGGUCUAUAGGAGGAAAGCGAAAGAGAGCAAGGGCUCGACAACCUACCUAUGGGAGUUCCUUCUGGAUCUCCUGCAGGAUAAGGAAACCUGUCCAAAGUACAUUAAGUGGACUCAGAAAGAGAAGGGUAUAUUCAAGCUUGUAGACUCCAAAGCAGUGUCUAAGUUAUGGGGAAGACAUAAGAAUAAACCUGACAUGAACUAUGAGACUAUGGGGAGAGCACUCAGGUAUUACUACCAGCGGGGCAUUUUAGCAAAAGUGGAAGGCCAAAGACUUGUGUACCAGUUUAAGGAGAUGCCCAAAGACAUUAUUUUCAUAGAUGAUGACGAUAUCGAUGACAGCAUCGAUGAGGGAAAGGGAUUAACCCCAGCUGCAACCAAUCGCAGCAGUCCAAAAGGGAAAGGGGCGGCGGUCUCUACCUCUACUGCGGUACCUAAAAUCAUCAAUCUAAACUCAGGACAAGAUGCCUUUGUGACCGUGCAACAGUCGUCAGCCAACACAUCGACAGCCCCUGGGACUGUAAGGCUUGCCAUGCAGGUCCCCUUUCUCAUGACAACACCACAGGGUCAAAAAAUCUCCACAGUAACUGUCAACUCACCCACCACCUCAGUCACCGGGGGUAACAGCACUGGCAAAAUGCUGCUCCAGGCCAUUCCAUCGCUGGUGCCAGCUCAGGGGCAAAGCGGCGAAAGAAUCACCUUGCAGCUCAUCACCCUUCCUACUGUCCCUGGCAAAGCUGGCACGCCCUUCACUCUGAGCACUCUCUCUCCCUUCACUGUGCCAGCCAGCAAUGGCCAAGUUCUAAAGCUUGCUCUACCGUCCAGUUUCACCGCAGCCACAACUCCAGUGACUGUGGUGUCAAACACUCAGCCUGCGAUGUCGUUACAGGAUGUAACUAUUAUAAAGGUAGAAUCUCCUGAAGUUUCUGUGUCUAAGACAGUUGACAGUUCUGCCGAGAGCACGGAAAGCACACAGACGAACCCCACAAUAACACAGAGCUGAGUAAACAUCAAAUGCACACACAGGAACCAACAUAUGCAUUUGUGAUGUGCAGACUGACAGUUCUUGAAUAGUAGCUGUAUGUAAAAUGGAUUAAACCAGCACUACAGCUUAGACUCUCUGUCACAUCCCAACACUAUAACCAUCAUGCAUAGCCUCUAGCCUGGAUUAGACAUUGGAAGGCCUUUUUUUCUUUUAUUUCUUCUUCUGUUAAUCUAUUCAAAUCUCGCUUUGUUAUAGCAGACCAUCAAUGCUGUGAUGCUGCAGCAAUGAACUUCACUUGGUGCUAAAGACGAGAGAAAGUAACAAGGGUGAAAAGAGGCUGCUGAGAUGCUCUAUUUCACCUGCUCAUCUGGAGGAUAAAAUAAUCUGUGUAUAAACAUACCAUUGUGGUAGUCAAUAAAGUAAAACAAGCAGCCUUGGGUCAUCUUUUUUCUCAUUGCGAAAAGGAUUUGAUUGUGCAUUGUGUGUAAAUAUGAGAAUUGUAUUUGAUAUUUUUUACCUGGAAGUGUUUUUUUACAGUUCAAUGGAAACUGUUUUCCGAAGGACAUUCAAAUCUUGUUUUUUUCUUGUUGUCAUUUGUUUCUACACCAUUUUUAAAUCAUUUUCUCUUUCUGUGCAUUUACCACUGUUCUCUGUAAUGCAUCCACUGCUUUGUACUUUGCAGAUUCUUUUGUUUUUCUGUAUGUGUACAAAAAGGGAAAGAAAAAUGUCAAAAAAAAAAAAAACAGUAUAUUGAAUAUUCAAUAUAUGAAUCAUAUAUUUUGUUGUAUUCUCAACCUAAAAUGUAUCCAAGUAGAUUCAAAAAUAGAGAUAAGAAUUAUGUAAACAACUGGUUUUAAUGAGCUUUUGUUUUUGUUUUAUAUUUGUGUGUGCUUGUUCAUUGGUCCUCAUGAAUCUUUUUAAAGGUUAAGUUGCAUUUAAGGGAAUAGAUUAUCCAAAAAUUAUAAUUCUUUCAUCAUUAUCCCAUCCUUAUGCUGUCUCAAACUCAUAUGACUUAUUUUCUUUUUCCCAUGGAACACAAAGAUGUUUUGAUGGAGAAAUAAUGUGAAUAUACCCAGACAAUGCAAGUCAAUGGGGUCCAACACUUCCAAGCUCCUAAAAGCAGCAUAAAGGUGGACUCGAGUGGUUUAAUCCAUGUCUUCUGAAGAGAGACGAUCGAUUUUGGGUGAGAGCAGACAAAAUGUAACUCCUUUUUCACUAAAUCUUGCCAUCUGCAGUCUCUUAGGAGUGACUAUUUCACACUUGACUUUCUCACAAUUGAUGCAUGCUCAGACCGCAUGUACAUGUGCAUAAAUAACAUCACAUCUCCAUCAAAAUAUCUUCAUUUGAAUUCUGCAGAAAGAAAGUCAUACGAGUUUGAGACGGCAUUAGUGUGAGUAAAUAAAGAGAGAAUUAUAAUUUUUGAGUGAACUAUUCCUUUAAUUCCAGAUGAUCAGAGUUUGGACUGUUAAUGGUGUGUCCAUAAAUACUUUUAGUUUGACCUUUGGUAAUAAAGUAACUUCAGUCUGAUAUCUGUUAUUUAAGAGUUUGAAACUAAUUGUAACCAAAGAAAUCAGUUAGUACAUCUCCGAACACAAAUUGACCCUAGAUAAUACAGUCUAAUGUUGGAUGUUCUAGUAAGGGACCUUAGUAAUUGUUACAUAUAUACAAGGAUUGCUGGAGAGCUCUAUUAGAAAGUACAGUAACUUUGAACAAAGCCUUGCUCCGUAGUUCUGCAAUCUAAUUGGCUCAGGGAUUGAGACCAGAAUAGAUUGGAUUCAUAGGAUCAGGAUAUUUGCAUCCACAUCAUAAAAGUUUUCAUCAAUUCAUUUAUUCUUUUAUGAAGAAUGUCUCAAAUAAAGAAAUGUUUUUGAGUUGUAUACAAA